AUGUCUCCCGAACAGUUUGAGGUGUACGAGGAACUGGGUCGUGGGGCAUUCGGCGCGGUCUACCGCGCUUUCGACAAGGAAUCCAGGAAAAUGGUGGCUGUCAAACAGGUCGAUUUGGAAAACGCAGAUGAGCUGAACGAGAUACAGCAGGAAAUCAAGAUCCUGUCUACGUGCCAGCAUGCAAACAUCACUCGCUACUAUGGCUGUUUCCUGAAGGGAUACAAGCUGUGGAUCAUCAUGGAGCUUAUGGACGGCGGAUCAUGCUCAGAACUGCUGAUUUCCGGGCCAUUUGGAGAGAAAGCUAUUAGCUACAUUUUGCACGAGCUGCUACACGCUCUCGUGUAUUUGCACGAAAACGGCAAGAUCCACCGGGACUUCAAGGCCGCCAACGUGUUGUUGAGCCUGAAAGGAGAUGUGAAAAUUGCUGACUUUGGAGUCGCGACCCAGUUGUCCAACAACAUGUCUAAAAGAAACACUUUUGUGGGCACGCCGUACUGGAUGGCUCCUGAAAUUAUUCUCCACCAGCCAUACACGUAUUCUGCAGAUAUUUGGUCGCUGGGUAUUACGGCAAUCGAGCUAGCAUACGGCAAGCCGCCCUUGUCGCAAUACCAUCCGUUUGAUGUGCUCUUCAGAAUUGCAGAGGACCCAGCUCCGGAGCUGGACUCAAGCUUCAGUAAGGAGUUCAGGAAUUUUGUGAACGUCUGUUUGAAUAAAGAGUCAAUGCAACGGCCGUCGGCCAAAGAGCUCCUCAGACAUCCAUUCAUCCUCUCCGGGGCCAAGGCCGACCGCUCGGAAAUUGUCAAGCUGAUUAAGCGCAAGCACGAAUGGGACCUUGAAACAGGCAACACCGAAAAACGCUACUAUACGCCAACUUUGGAGGAGGAGACGCCUCCUUUAUUUGACAUAACGUUGAAGGAGGAACCUGCAGGUACACUGAAACCAGGACCACUCCACAAAGUUCCGUUGUCGCCGAUAAAACGCAGUUCCAGUGAGAACGGAGACCAAGAGCUGAAAAAAACUCUUAAUCGCAUACUGAACCAGUCAUUCAACAAGAUAAACGAGAAACACAACCUUUCGACGUCGCAAUACGACCAGUUAGUACUGUUUCAAAAGACAAUGAUGGAGUCGAUCGCGCUCAGCCCCGAUGAACAGUACCGAGAGGUGUUUUGUAAAUACUUUAAGCUGGUGAUGAAGAAAAUUAUGACGACAGAUAACGAGCAGCUCAAGGACAAACUAAUACCCAAAAACCUGGAAAAAGAACGUCCUCGCGACGAAGUCGAAGAGCUGCUGUAUACUAGGUGGGCUGAAAAUAUGAUCGAGCGCUGGAGGAACGAACAUUAA